UGACUGUUGCCGUGGUAGCAUGUAGUGGUGUGGAUGUAAACAGUGCCAGGGGUUAGCCUACACUUAUUUUCACCGCAUCUUUUGGACUGUUUAAGUUAAGUUUUAAGGAUUUGUUUGUGUAAAUAAAAGUUAUUUAAGUAAUAAGAUCUUUGAGGUAUGGAUAAUCUAAUAGGGAAGCAUGAUAUUAUUGAAAACUUGCAAUCCAGAUUGUCUUUAAUGACUCAGGAAAGAGAUACUGCCAUAGAAAUGUGGAAAUUGGCUGAAGCAGUUGCUAAUAAUGUGAAAGAUGAAAUGAAAGCAAAUCCUGCAUCUAAUAGAAUUGAGUCAUUAAAAAAGGAAAUGGAAACAAUGCAACAAGAUUAUUCUGAUGCUAUUAAGUUACUAGAAUUCAAAUUGAAAACUUUAGAGAAAGAAUUAAAGGCUGCAAGAGAAAAAGCCAAAUCAUCUGAAGAGGAAUUGAUGGCAUUACAUUUGAAACUUUCUUAUAUUGAUGAAGAAAAAGGUGAGUUGGAGUGUACACUAAAGAAACUGAGAUUGGAAAAAGAAGAAACAGAAAAAUCUUUUAAGCUGAGUCAAAAAAAGUUGGAUGAAGCAGGCUUAGUUGCAGCUCAAGCUAGGGAUAAGGUUAAAGAUGCUUUGGCAAUGGCUCAAGAUGCUUUAGCUAAUGAAGCGAAUCUUCUCGAUGAGAAAGAAAAACUUGAAAAAAGAUUGAGUGAAGUGGUUGAUGAAAUGGAAUCACGGCUUGAAAAAGAGAUAGAUAAUGUUAAAUCAGGUUUAAAUGGACGGAUUGAAGCUUUAUCUAAUCAGUUACAGGCUGCUAUAGCUGAAAAAAAUAAAUUAGGACUAGAAUAUGAAAGCAUGAAAGCAGAAUAUAACUUAAAAUGUCAAGAAGCUUCUCUUAAGUAUAGUUCUUUUGAUCAGGAACUACAGGAACUAAGAAGCAGGAGACAAAGUGAGAUAAACCAAUGGAGUGAGGAAAGAGAUGUUUUAAGAAAGCAACUUAUUGCAUUACAAACAGAGCUUGAGCAUGCAUUAAUUAAAAUAAGACAAUGUGAUGUUUCCCACUGCCCGAACUGUAUAGAUAUGAAAAAGCAUCUUGACAAAUAUAGGUUAUUGGCAAAAGAGUGGGAAGAAGCAGCUUACAGUGUUACAAAGGAGUUUGAAAAGUACAAUAUGGAAGUUAAAAAGUUUAAAUCAGAUCACAAAUGCAGUUUACAUAUAUAAAAAAUAAGGUUUAAUUUUAUAUUUAAAUAAUAUUUUACUUCAUUAGGUCAUAGGUUUUAUUUGACCUAUGGUAAAGCAUACUUAAUAAGUGCUGAUUUAUUCAACAACCUGGAAGCAAAAUUGUAAUUAAUAUAGCAUAUAAUUACAUAUGAAAACAAAUAUUUGUAUGUCAUCUAUACUAUUUGUAUAUCCUAUUGUUAUUUAUUAAAUAAUCUUAUCAACCUUGAAGGGUCAUGUGGUUUAAGGUGAUGAGUAACAUUCAGAAUUCUGAGAAAACUUAAUUCAAAUAAUUUUUAAAAACAAAUCCUACUUUAUUUUUCUUUACCAAUAUUUUUUUCAUCAUUGAAAGAAAAAAUAAAGUAAGCCUUAAGGAUCAAAUGUGAUUUUUAUUUUCAGAAAAAGUAAAAAUAGGAAAUCACCCAAUAAUGAAUGUAGGUUUCAAAUAACUAGGAAAAUAUCCAAGCCUGUGAAGCAUAACUGGAUAUACUUUCUAUUAUUUGACUCAUUUACAGGUAUAAUUAGAAUCAUGCUAAAAACAGUCUUUUUUUUCUUUAAAACCAAAUGAUUGGUCAUGGUGCCUAACCUGACUGAUAACAAAAUUUCUACCAGGCAGAGGAAAGUUGUAUUUUGUUAUGCAUGUCAAAAUAAAUUACUUUAAAACUGGCAGUGAUAAAAAAUUAACCAUUUUUCUCUGAUUCUAAUUCACCAUGCUAGUUUUUAUCAAAUGCCCAUUUAAAUGUAGAAAGAUUCAAUCUGUCAUUAUUGGACAAAUGAUUCAGUUUUACAGGAAACUACUUUGAAAUGCUUAUGUAUGCCAGUAAUAGCUGCUAGAAAAUAAAAUAACAUUUAAAAUAAUACUAAAAUCAUUAAAUCAUAAAAUAAAAAAUGUAAAUAAUUAAAACAUUUGUUUGUUUAUUUUAAUCAUGAUUUCUUGCAUUUUUAGUUCAGGCUUCACUCAUCACCUUUAUGCACUUGAUCCUUCGAUUGGUAUUGAUUGGGAUUCAGGGAUAAUAUUUAAAUUAUUUAUGUUUCAGAAAAAAUAAAUAAUUAAGAAAUAAAAUAUUUUGAUACUGAAUCUUUUUAAGGAAAGAACCUUAGAAGAAUAACGUUAACACUGUAGUUUCUAUAAGGAGGCAAUUCAAAAUCUGUUGGAGAUUUUAUUU